AAUCUCUCCGUUUUCUUCACUUCUUUGCUCCAAUGGCGAACCCCAAUUCCGCCCCGAUCGAACCCUGUGAAGGGGAGUUGUAUUCGGUGUGGGCUCUUCCUCCAGAAGAUGUAGCCACCAAAAUCAUUUCUCUGAUGAGCAGCCUGAGAUCCGAGUUUGGCGGCCCCGAAUUUGAGCCGCAUAUCACCGUGGUUGGGGCAAUUCGUCUCACCCCUCAGGAUGCCCUCAAUAAAUUCCGAUCGGCUUGCGAAGGGGUGAAGGCUUAUCAAGCCACCGUGGAUCAAGUUUCCAUCGGAACCACCUUCUACCAGUGUGUUUUUCUCCUCAUUCAUCCCACCACCGAGGUGGUGCAGAUCAGCUCACAUUGCUGCGGCCAUUUUGGUUGCAACAACUCCACCCCUUACAUGCCGCAUUUGAGCCUACUAUAUGCGAACAUAUCAGACGAAAUGAAGAAGCGGGCGAAGGAAAUAGCGGACAAACUGAAUGAAGCCGUGAACGGCCUGAAAGUGCCACUCACUCGACUUGCAUUGUACAAAACAGACACCGGCGAUGAAACUCUGAAGUCGUGGGAGAAAAUUGCAGAGCACGAUCUUCCUUCAAGUUAGCUUCUGUUGUUUUUUAUGUUUGCCCUCUUCAAGAUUAAUUAUGUUCUUUUCGACAAUGUCUCUA